UUUAGCAAUGCAAAUACACAAUACUCAUUAUGAGUCAUAGAUAUCAACGCACCAGUGGAUCCACGUUGACAAAUAGCUCGUCAGUUUGGUUGACAACUUAAAAACAUUUUGUUCGCAGACGAACACGUUGCGCCUGCGCCGCGAUCCUACGUUUUUUUCCCCAGCUUGAGGUAUGUUGUUGCUUUGCUUGAAAAUCAGCAGCUGCUGCAAAGAGCAGAGGCAAAGUGCAAUAUUCACACGGACAAGACAAAACGGCAGCCCGGGGCCGUGGAUCACAGUGGGGCUCACAUCUGGAAACACAGAGUGGUUUCUGCCCGCUCUGUAAACCAGAAGAGUCGGUUCAUGUGGAAGACGCUCUCUCGUGUGUUUUGGAUGAUCUCCCACAGCCAGGUCCUCGUAUUGAGAUGAUCUAUUUCUGUGAUGGCGAAGGGUCUGUUUCCACGGGCCUGGGUGAAAAAGUCUUUCUACUUCCAGGCUCGGAUCUCCUUUGUGCGGGUGAAGUACCUGUUCCUCACAUGGCUGACUGUGCUGGUGGGGAGCUGGGUGCUCUACGUGCAAUACUCCGCCUACACUGAGCUGUGCAGAGGACACGAGUGCAAGAACGCCAUUUGUGAUAAAUACAGGAAGGGCAUCAUUGAUGGCUCUGCCUGCAGCAGUCUGUGUGACAAAGACACACUCUAUAUGAGCAGGUGUCUGUCAACGCUGCCAAAUAACCAGGUGUACACAGGAAGCUGGGGAGACCACGAUGGGAUCAUCCGCUGUAAGCUGGGGGAGGUCGUGCACUACGAGCUGGGCGAGGAGCCGGAGCCACGGAGAGAAGCCCCUGUGUUUGACAAGCCCACCAGAGGCACUUCAGUGGAGAAGUUCAGAGAGAUGGUCUUUAAUCACCUCAAGUCCAAGCUUGGAGAGCAGGCUAACCUCGCCAGCCUCGUCAGCCAGAUCCUCUCUGUCGCCGAUGGCAACAAAGAUGGACGGGUAUCACUGCCAGAAGCACGCUCUACAUGGGCCCUCCUGCAGAUGGAUGAGGUACUGCUGGGCCUGCUGCUCCAAGACCGUGGACACACUCCUCGCCUUCUUGGCUACUGCGGGGACCUGUACAUGACAGAGCGAGUCGCCUACGGGCCCCUGUAUGGCUUGUCUCUACCCUGGCCGCUGGUAUCCUGGGUGCCCAGUGGCGUGCAGCGCACUAUGGACCAGUGGUUCACGCCCUCAUGGCCUCGCAAAGCCAAGAUCUCCAUGGGCCUCCUGGAACUAGUGGAGGACAUUUUCCACGGCACCUACGGCAGCUUUCUGAUCUGCGACCUCGCAGCAGCGCACUUUGGUUACACCGACCGCCAUGAGCUCCGUCUUACUAACACCCGAGCGGUGGUUCCUGAGGAGGAAUUUAGACGCGCCAUGCGGGGGCUGAAGUGCGAGACGGACGCUGACUGUGUGUACGGUGUUGACUGCCAGACGUCAUGUGACGUGUCGGAGAAACGGUGCAGGGAGGAGCCAGCUCAGCCAAACUUGGCAAAGGCAUGCAGCACGCUAAAGGACUACCUCCUGCGUGGGGCGCCUUCAGGACUGAGAGAGGAGCUCGAGAGGCAGCUGUACGCCUGCAUGGCUCUCAAGGGCAACGCUGGACAGAUGAACAUGGAGCACUCGCUUAUUCUCAACAACCUGAAAGCUCUGCUGUGGAGACAGAUCUCACACACUAAGGACUCGUGACGAGGACAGGACGACCUCCUGGAAUCUCGGCAGUCAGCUCCUCACACAGAGCUUAGUGUUAACGAUGCUGUGAUUUAGGAAUAGCAAAUUAAACGAAGUAGAUUUUAUCAACUUUUAACACUUUAUGAAUGAUCAGACUCAUGGAGACUCUACCUCCUCUAUCGCUGUUUCAGAGGUUUGUGGGCUGAAAAAAAACGCCUGCAUAGUUUGGAAUACAGGACUAAAACAAACUGAAUGAUUGCAUGCUGCCAUCAGUCACACUCAAAACAGUCCACGCAGCCACAUUGUAUUGUAUUGUUCACCACGGAAGAAUGUUUCAGGGGCACUGCUGGAAAAACAGACUCGUUAACAGAUUUUACUGUUGUUUGUCUCGAGAGCUGAGAGACCAAAUUGCUGUUUUUGCCACAAAAUCCUGCAGAUAUUUAUGAGCUAACAUGUUUAGGAAGAUCAGAGUGAGUGUUGUACAUAGCUCCAGUUGAAAGUGUUACAAUAUGAGAUAAUUUUAUGAAAGCCUCCUUAAUUUUGUUAUGUUGAAGUUGCUACGAAGCACCGUAACACAAUCAGGGAGUGUAUCGUUAAAGAUGAAGGCUGGCGAUAUUCUAGAUUAUUAUUUCAAGCAAAUCCUGUGAAAAGACCAAAACCAACAGUGUGUUAGUUCAUCUCUCAGUACUUCCCAAUUUGUACUGUGCUGUUUGUUGCACUCAGCCACUAAACCACUGAUGCCUACUGAAAUCAUAAAUCUUUAAAAACAGUUCAAUGUAAUUUUUAGUGAAGGUUACUCAAAUAGAGGUAAAUGCUGCAGACUUCUAUUUGGUGCACUAGUGAGUAUUUAUGAGGACUGGGUAUUAUUUUAACAAGUGUGCAUUUGCAAUAGCUGCAACUACAUACUUGAAUGCAUCCACCCUUUCAUGCAUUCACACGCAACCUCACAAACACUUGUCCAAAUGAGUUUCCCUAUGAGAACCGGUUUAUGAGUUAUGAAGGAGGAUGUGGCAUAAUAGUGUGUGUGUGUGUGUGUGUGUGUGUGUUUGUGUGUACAUACAUCUGUCAAUCUGUGAUUGUUAAGCAGCUGUUUCUGGCCCAUGACAAAUCUUUCCACAAAAUUUUGUGGAAGUCUGUGAAUCAAUUUGGAAGUUAUGUACCUUUUUGUCAUAGGCCACUCCCACUGCCCCCCUCCAAGACAAAUGGCAUGACCACAAACACACUUUUACACAAACAUGCAAGCACACAUACUUGACCCUAAAGCCAAAUUUCAGCCUCUUAGGGUAAAAACUGAUGCCACUAAAGGAUGGUUGAACCAAUCAACAGAGAGAGCUAUAUAGCUAAUGGUUGCAGACAAAACUUAGAACCAAAAACAACACUAGUACCCUUAAAGUGGUAAAAAUACCAAUACAGGACUUUAUACAAUUCCUAUCAUGUAAAUGGCAGCAUUCAUUUGCAUAAAAUCUCACCAGACAACUCAAGCAUGUAGCAUAGCCACAUUCAAAAUACACCGCACCCUUAACCACACUAACUUGACCACGCUACAGACUGUAUGGGGUGUAGUUGCUUUGGUCGUUGGCCAGUCAGAUUUUGUUUUAAAUCAAAGAAUGUAUGAGGUGGCUGGCUGUGAACAAAAUCAUAAAAAGAGUACUUUUUCUCUCUGGAUCUGGGUACAAAAAAGAUAAAAUGAACUCAUCCAUUGAAACACUUUUAGUAUGACUUGGUACAGAUAUAUUUUGAUCGAUUUGUUCAAGUUACCGAUGCCCAGCCCUAAUAUUUACAGCAACAGGACAGUGAAUAUGCUAUCAACUCAAAGUAAACUACCGUCACCUAAUUCAUCAUAUCGAAGAAACUUGUCACUCAGAAAUAAACUAUUUUUGGUUUUGGCGACACAUAAAGAUGAGUCAGUUGUUGGUUUGCGUCUUCUCAGGGGUGUACUGUUAUUGAUACGAUAAAAUGUAGAAUAUCGCACAUUUAAAAGUACAGAUUAGUGACAAAUUAAAGGAAAAACAUGAAUAAAUUGGUGGAGAAAUUUAACAAAUGACUCUAUUUAGAAUUCAGACUCUAUACCGGGGAACAUUGAAGCUUUUUAAGGAUUUUAACUGUGACUUAUCUGCGUGAUGAAAUGAUGCAGUUCAUUAGCUUCAAAGCGGACAUCAUGAUGGUAUUUUGUCUGUUAGUAUUCCAGUGUACUUCACUCUGCUGUACAUUUUCCACCUUUAACGCUAGUGACAUCACCAAUGCUGCAUCAACGACACGAAGAGAAGUAAUGUAUUUAAUUUGUGAAUGUUAUCUCACUUAAAAGAGCAUUCGUGGUGGUGUGCUGUAUCACAUGGUUAUUUUGAGUUCAUGUCUCAGUGCCAUAGAGGUCAUGCUGAAAUCAUUCAUGAAUGUUUACCACCAGCGAAGGUGGAGAUCUUUAUCAAAUCUCAUGGUCUCAUCUGAAUGCUGUAUAAAGAGUAUUUUCCAUGAUCCCAUCCAGACAUUGCUGUUGUGAAGUUGCUGUGACCGAGUGACUUGUUUAACCACUUUAAAUGCAUCACAGAACAGACGUGACCUGUAAAGCAUGUCAAGCUUGUGGUCAAUGCUGCUGUUUGAAUUUCAAAAAUGUUAAAAAAAAAAAAAAAAAAAAAAGAAAAAGAAAUGAAGUUUACUUAUUGAAGAGACCAGCAUGAUUUUUGCACAAUUAAACUACAUACCACUUCA